CCGCUCUUUUUAUUCAAGUCUCUCUCUCUCUCUCUCUCUCUCUCAUUUUCUGUUUUACUCUCGCACUCGUACGGUCAUACCAGCUAUCAGCUCAUUUCCCCCAUUAUUCAGUCUUCACUGCUACCCCAUUGGAGAAGAAGAGGCUGAAAUGGAGACUGGGCGGCCGUUGAGCUCCGUUUCCCGACCCAAACCCGACAAGGGAAGAAAAGCAGCCAGCAAACGGAGCAAGACUAGUAAGCUCGGCUCUAUGCUGCCCAACAUUGAGCCGUACGUUCCAAACACCGACCACAAUCCAAACGACCUGAGAUCUUGGGCCAAGAGAACUGGGUUCGUCUCCACUUUCUCCGCAGAAACCACUGCAAGUAACAGUAGCAAGUUCGGCAACAACAGCGGCGGGUUUGAUUUGGAGAAGGGGCCCCCUGCUGCAGCUGAAGUUCGCCGCGGGAGUAAUAAUGCCGGCGGGUCGACUUCUCCGACUAUUGAGAUCGACCCGAUUCUGGGUAGGACCCGCCCCGAUAGAGGAGUGGAAAUUCAACCAGCGGCGUCGAGCUCCGGAGGGGAUGAGAGGAACGGGUUUGGUGAGUUGAGAGGGGAGAACAAGAAGAGGAGAGUUGGGGACGAGCCUCUUUUGGGGGGUAAAGAGAAUGUGAGUGGAACUGAAGCUGUAGAUGGGGGUGCUAGUAGUACCAUUCUUCCACCGGUUGCGGUGCAGAAGAAAGAGGAGCAAAUUGUCGGGAGAGACGGCGGAAUUGACAUGUACCCCGGCGGUGGCGGUGGCGGUGGCGAGGAGUUUCCUGAUGGAGGGUGGCAGAGACACGGUGGGAUGAGAUUUGGGUUAAGAGAGAACCCUGGCAUUGUGCCACUCUUGUAUUAUAGCUUGCAACACUAUCUGUCCCUCGCUGGUUCAUUGAUCUUCAUUCCUUUGAUCAUUGUACCAACUAUGGGUGGAACAGAUAAAGAUACUGCUACCGUGAUUUCGACAAUGCUGCUUGUUUCUGGGGUUACAACAAUCUUGCAUUCCUAUUUUGGUACCCGACUUCCAUUAGUCCAAGGGAGCUCAUUUGUCUAUUUGGCGCCUGCACUAGUCAUCAUGAAUGCUCAGGAAUAUCGGCACCUCACAGAACAUAAGUUCAGACACAUUAUGAGGGAACUGCAAGGGGCUAUAAUUGUUGGUUCGGUAUUUCAAAGUCUCUUGGGAUUCACUGGUCUAAUGUCCCUUCUUCUAAGAUUGAUUAAUCCAGUCGUAGUAGGUCCAACAGUUGCUGCCGUGGGUUUGGCAUUUUUUAGCUAUGGUUUCCCACAAGCUGGAAGUUGUGUAGAGAUCAGCAUCCCUCUUAUUUUGUUAGUUCUAAUAUUCACCUUGUACCUUCGAGGAAUAUCCAUCUUUGGACAUCGACUGUUCCGGAUCUAUGCUGUGCCAAUGAGCGUGAUAAUAAUAUGGAUAUAUGCAUUCUUUUUGACAGCUGGUGGAGCUUACAAUUUCAAGGACUGCAACACCGGUAUACCAAGUUCAAAUAUUCUAGUGGAUGCAUGCAGGAAACAUGCAUACACCAUGCAGCAUUGUAGGACUGAUGUGUCCAAUGCUUGGAGGACUGCUGCAUGGGUUAGGAUUCCCUACCCAUUUCAGUGGGGUGCCCCAAUCUUCAACCUAAGAACUUCCUUGAUCAUGAUAGUUGUAUCAUUGGUUGCAUCAGUAGACUCGGUUGGAAUAUACCACUCCACAUCUUUGCUAGUUACUUCAAAGCCUCCAACUCCAGGAAUUGUUAGCAGAGGAAUUGCAAUGGAGGGUUUGUGCAGUAUAUUGGCUGGACUUUGGGGUUCAGGUACUGGCUCAACAACUUUAACAGAAAACAUCCACACUAUCAGCAUCACAAAGGUGGCUAAUCGAGGGACAGUUGUGCUUGGAGCAGUUUUCUUGAUCCUCUUCUCUUUCUUUGGGAAAGUGGGAGCCAUUCUUGCUUCAAUACCACAGGCAUUGGCUGCUGCUAUACUGUGCUUUAUCUGGGGGCUUAUUGUUGCACUAGGUCUCUCAACUCUACAGUACAGUCAAACAGCAAGUUUCAGAAACAUUGCAAUUGUAGGAGUUUCAUUGUUUCUUGGAAUGUCAAUUCCUGCGUAUUUCCAGCAGUAUGAGCCCAAAUCCAGCCUCAUUCUGCCAAGCUACUUGAUCCCUUACUCGGCAGCUUCUGAUGGACCGGUCAACACUGGCAGUAAGCAAUUCGAUUUUGCGAUGAAUGCACUAAUGUCCCUGAACAUGGUAGUGACGUUGUUGAUUGCAUUUGUACUUGACAACACUGUCCCCGGUAGCCGUCAAGAAAGAGGGGUGUAUAUAUGGUCUCACCCUGAUGAUUUGGCCACUGAUCUAUCUUUGCGUGAAGAUUACUCGCUGCCCCGAAGAGUUGACAAGUUUUGCUGCUGGGCUAGAUGCCUUCGUUCAUAAUAAAGUUUCCAACUUCAACUCCAUCAGACAUCAGAAGGCCAGUCCUCGAGAGAUUGAAAGGCGAACUCAGCAGCAACAAGAGCCAAAUCAACCUCAAUGUGCUUUUAGAGGCAAGUAGAAUAGGUUUUGAAUGUACACAUAAGCCUGUAGUAAGACCCAAAAUUAUGUUGCAUUGUGUAGAAACCCAUUUUUACAAGCAAAAACCCUGAUGUUACAGUGUGUGUUACUAUAUCACCAACUAAUUCGUAUCUGAGAUGAUGGACAAGAGGACUCAGCAUUCCUCUUGUCAUUCCAUUCUUCAACGAGGGAGCGGAGGGUAUGAUUAGGGGUCAAUACAGUGUGAUCAAGCCU